AUGGCCACACAGUUCCGCACAACGCUCUUCGGCCAGUUUGUACGGCUUCUGUCACGGAACAAGCUCUUUAAAUAUCCAGACGAGAUUGGUUCUUCCCCCUGGAAGAGGGCCCUCCAACGAGACACAAACGAUCCACGUAAACCACCAGGAGACGAAACCACCCAUUCUUCAAAAGGGAACGGCUUGCUACACGCUGCUUUGGACCAUCGCAUUCCCGAAGCCGGCCAAGAUAUCCACCUGGUAGACUGGUACGGUCCAGGCGACCCUGAAAACCCGCGCAACUGGCCCCGUACCUGGAAACUUAUCAUCGUUUUCCAAAUGUGCAUCCUCAACUUUGCUGUCUACAUCGCAAGCUCCAUCUACGUCCCUGGCGAAGCCGACAUCAUGCAAGAAUUCGGCGUCAGCGUUACUGUCGCAACACUGGGUCUCUCAUUGUUCACGCUUGGCUACGGCUUCGGCCCCAUGCUCUGGUCCCCGCUCUCUGACAUGCCCAUGCUCGGCCGCAGCCGCAUCUUCAUCUAUACGCUCCUUUCUUUUGUCCUGCUACAGCUGCCCGUCGGCUUCGCCGCAGACAUGCCCGUAUUUCUCGUCUUUCGCUUCUUGACUGGCUUCUGUGGGAGUCCGUGUCUGGCUACCGGGGGCGGCACCAUCGUGGAUAUAUACGCACCCACGCAAGCCAUCUACGCUAUAAGCAUCUGGGCAAGCCUGGGGUACCUCGGCCCCGUGUUCGGGCCCAUCGUCGGCGGAUUCGUUGCGCCAGCGAAGGGCUGGCGCUGGACGAUAUGGAUAUUCACGUGGAUGUGCUCGAUCGUGUUGAUCGUCAUGUUCUUCCUGCUGCCCGAGACCAGCGCGGCAAACAUCCUAUACAAGCGCGCGCAGAGACGGCGUAAGGCCACUGGCAACCAGCGACUAAAAAGCCAGUCCGAAAUCGACGCCAGCAACCACACCGCGAAAGACCACUUCAUGCUCCUCGCGCGUGCUUUCACCCUCGCCUUCUCUAAGCCCAUCGUCUUCCUCAUGGAUCUCUACACAGGCCUCCUCUACGGCAUCCUCUUUACCUGGUUCGAGUCCUUCCCCUUUGUAUUCGGCAACAUCUACCACUUCUCCGUCGGCCAGCAAGGUCUCGUCUUCCUCGGCAUCCUCGUCGGCGGGCUCAUCACAGUCCCGUUCUUCCUGCUCUGGAUCAAGCACCGCAUCGCGCCGCGCCUCACAAAGCCCAACUUCAAGCCUGAAAUGGUACUCCCACCGAUGUUCGUGGGCUGUUUCGCGCUGCCGGUAUGUCUGUUCUGGUACGGUUGGUCGGCUAGAGCGGAUAUGCAUUGGAUUAUGCCGGUAAUUGGAUCGGGCUUUUUCACAGUAGGCUCGAUCACGCUGUUCAAUUCCGUGUUCAACUAUCUGGGGAUCGCGUAUCCGGAGAGCGCGGCGUCUAUUUUCGCGGGGAAUGCGCUGUUUCGCGCAUCGUUCGGGGCGGUGUUUCCGCUUUUUGCACGCCCGCUCUUUCGUCGGGUUGGUAUCGAUGGGGGUAACUCACUGCUCGGCGGAAUCGCGGUGUGCUUCAUCCCGAUGCCGUUCUUGUUUUAUCGCUAUGGCGAGAAGAUCCGGCAUAUGAACAGGAAUGCUCGGUAUGAUGUGUAG